CAUACUUCCAUAUUCAACGCACUUCGGCAGCAAACCAGACUUUCCAACCUUAGCGUCACGUGAUUCAAGCAUUCACAUUUACGCAUCCGACGCUGAGCGAGCUUGUAUUCUCUUCAACUCCUUAUCACGAUCCAGCAAGACAUCGCCAACAAGAUGCCCCUACCCCCGGUCCACUUCUUCUCCCACGGCUCCACUAUGAUGCUAGGCGAAGAAUCGCGCUCAGCAGACUACUGGAAGAAAUGCGGCGAUGAAGCCCUUGCUCACGGUAUCAAAGGGGUCAUCAUGAUGAGCGCACACUGGGACGCCCGGGGCACCAACCGCGUCGACGUUGCCAUGAAACCGGAUCCACAGAAGAGCCCAGUCGCCUACGUCCACCCCUCCAAGUACGUCGACUACAAGCUCAAGCCCGAUCUGGCGACCGGCAAGCGCGUGGUCUCGAUGCUGAGAGAGGCGGGAAUGGAUGCGAGACCGAACGAUACCUUCGAUUGGAUCCACGAUACGUACCUCAUCCUGAUCCGCAUGUUCCCCGCAGGAUGUCCGCCUACGACCAUCAUCUCCAUGAAUGGGCGGUUUGACCCUCAUUUCCACGCGCGUGUUGGCAGUGCUGUGGCAAGCCUCCGUUCGGAUGGAUAUCUAAUUAUCGGGACGGGCGGUGCGGUGCACAACCUCUAUCGGAAUCACUGGGGCCAGAUGUUGCGCUACACGGAUAACUUCGCCCAACCUGUUCCACCUGAGGCGGCUAUGUUGGAGUUCAGGCAGAGCGUGGAAGAUGUAUUCACGAGGAACUGUCGCGCUGGUAGGGCGAAGGGCGCUCUAGUUAAUGGGGUUACGCGGUUGAUGAAACAUCCACAGUACCGGGAUGCGCACGGGACUGAUGAUCACUUCAUGGCGGCUUGCUUCGUCUCUGGUGUUGUUGACGGAAGUGAGGGUGGUGAGGAUGACGAAUGUGUGCUGGGAGCGGAAGAUUGGGAGCUGGUGAAUAUGUGUAACAGCCAAUUCACAGUCGGGAGAUGGGUGUCACAGAAGGCCUGAAAGCACUCAAGUAUCAAUGUAUUCUUUUGCACGGAG